AUGGAGUUUAAAAAAGCCAAAGUUGUCGUAGGAGGCGAUUCCGGUGUUGGUAAAACAGCUUUGGUACAUUUGAUAUGCAAUGGACAAACUCUUCUUCAUCCUUCGUAUACAAUUGGUUGUAGUGUGGAUAUAAAAAUUCAUGUAUACAAUAGUGAUCCUGAAAAGGAACAUCCAUAUUUCAUUGAAUUAUGGGACAUUGGCGGAUCAAACAGUCAUGAGAAUACUCGUUCGAUCUUCUAUCAAAAUUUACACGGACUAAUAUUAGUCUACGAUUGUACAAAUAAGAAAUCACAAUUGAAUUUAAGAAAAUGGUUAUCUGAUGUAUUGGGGAAACCAGUUUUAAAAAGACAGGAGAUAGAUAUUGGAGGAGUAACAGUGGCUGCAGAUGGUAUCACUGCUCCUAUUACUACUACUAGUAGUUAUUGUGGCGGUGUAAGUAGUGAAAAAUAUGGUAAUCUAAAAGCAAAUAUAACAAAUCAAAUGACCACCCUUCUGCCUAUCUUGAAUACAGAAACUUUGGUCAGUCGAUCUUUCACAUCGUCAUCGGAAUCACAAACAAGUAACAAUAAUCAGCAUAAUAUAAACUAUAUAACUAACACGGUCUAUCCACCUAUUCUUGUUAUUGGUACAAAAUUCGAUUUACUCAGUUCACAUAGUCGACGGUCUGUGAAUAAAUUCACAUCACGUUUUAAUCUAUGUACGUCACCAUAUAUCCAAAAUGAAUUACCAUCAGCUGGUAAUUAUCAUCCAUGUGUUCCAAUGACGCCCAGAUCAUGUAUAUCGUCUGUGCAGUUUUUUGGAAAUACUACACCAUCAUCAACAACGUCAUCGUCAACAUCAUGGAACUUAACAUAUCGUAAUAAUUAUGCGAAUAGCAGUGUUGGUGAUGAUCGCGAACCAACAAGUUCAAUGCCACAAUCCUUGUCAUCACCAACGCAACAAAGUGUAUAUAUUGAUUUAAGUGAUAGUCAAAAACUUUCAUCGUCAUUGUUGACUUCACCAACAAACGACAAAACAUGGAAUUUCGCCACAGAACAUGGAUUUUCAGAAAUUCUACUAAAUUGUAAUUCAGUCACUAGUAUAAGUCCCGGAAGUCCACAAGACCUUCUAUUGAGUCGAUUUUUUGAUGAGGUAAUCAAUUACAAAGUGUUUUCCAUGUCAAUGAAUUGUAAUUUAUCACCUGAUCUAUCCCGAGUUAAACGGCGUCCAGUGGAUUCACGCAACAAUAUGUAUAAAUACAAUUGA